AACAGAGAGGAAUCAAAGCAGAUGCCAGUGAAAAAGAGCAAAGCAGACAACAGCUUCAGAUCUAGACAGAAUGUCAAGAGCUGCCUCAGACACACUUGGAUCAUGCUCCCCCUAUGAGAGGUUUGAUGAUGUUUAUGUCCCCAAACAACAGUGUUCUUUUAGGGUGAUCUAUGUAGCCCUGUCAGUGGGUUGUCUGGUGGGGUUUGCAGCCUUGCUCUGCUUCUCUAUAAUUGAAAAGAUCAACAGUGAGGAACAAUUCACCCAAAGGACAGAAGAGGUUGGUAAUAAAACAGCCAUUAUAAAUGAGUGGCAGGAGACCUCUGAGCAGAGUAGGGUUGAGCUUGUAGAAGGCAUUCCACUUGAUUUGGACUAUGGCCCAAAUGCCACUUUCGGAACUCCGCUCUACAAAACAUGGAAAAGCCUACUCUCCAUGGCAACCAAACAAGUGGAGGUGGCCUCCUUCUAUUGGACUCUUACUGGUGAGGACGUUUUCGUGAACUCGUCCACCGACGCUCCUGGCCGAGAUAUACUGAAGGCUUUUAAAGCCCUGCCAUCAAGAAAUGUGUCUGUUCAUGUUGUGGCCAGUUUUACCUGUGUGGCAAAAAACUCAACUGAUCUAAAGGAACUGGAGGAAAGUGGUGUCCAUGUACGGAGAGUUAACUUCCGGCGUCUGACCAAUGGAGUGCUACACAGUAAAUUCUGGAUUAUUGAUAGAAGGCACAUAUAUAUUGGAAGUCCCAACAUGGACUGGAGGUCGCUCACACAGGUUAAGGAACUUGGAGUGGUCAUCUAUGACUCCCCCCGACUGGCCCACGACCUCAUUAAGAUUUUCGACUCCUACUGGAUGAUGGGCCACAAGAAUGCCUCCAUCCCAGAGCCCUGGCCAACGACCUUUGAUACCUCUAUCAAUCAUGAGCGCCCCCUGCUGGUCAACCUUAGUGGUGUCCCCAGCUCAGUCUACAUUGCAGCCUCCCCUCCCUCCUUCUGCCCAGAGUCUCGCUCCAGAGACUUGGAUGCAAUCUUGUCGGCCAUUAAUGAGGCAGAGCAUUUUGUUUAUGUGGCAGUCAUGGACUACUACCCCACCACUCAGUUCACAUGGCCACCAAGGUACUGGCCAACAAUUGACAAUGUGUUGAGGGAGGCAGCAUUUGGACGUCACGUGGCUGUGCGUCUCCUGGCCAGCUGUGGCAGGGACACAAACCCAGCCAUGCUCCCCUUCCUUCGCUCACUGGAGGCCAUGCGUUACCUGCGGCAUCACAUCAGUGUAGAAGUGAAAGCCUUUAUUGUGCCUGUUGGGAAUCAAUCCACUAUUCCAUACACAAGAGUUAACCACAACAAGUACAUGGUGACAGACAAGGUGGCAUAUAUUGGGACAUCCAACUGGUCAGAAGAGUACUUCAGCACCACUGCUGGCGUGGGGUUGGUGAUAUCCUCCGAGGCCCAUAACCAGAGCUCCUCAGCGCGCUCCUUCCAACAGCAGCUCAGGGCCGUGUUCCUCCGGGACUGGGAUUCCCCGUUCGCUGUGCCUCUGAAUGAACUGCACAAAUACCCUGAUUGCAGGAUGUCUGUAGCCUAGAUAGUAGUGUGACCACUUCUGUGGAGAUACAUCACACAAUGUUUUUUUUAUCUUCGAGAAUCAUAUUGCUCUGCAAAACAGUGUUUUGCCACAGUAUGUUUUAUAAGUUAUAUUGCUCUUUAUAGACUAUGCAUGUAAUGAUGUGCUCUAUAGUUAUAUUUUUUUUAUUCUGUAAUGUAUAAAAAUCAUUAUGUUAUGAAUAAGUUUACUUUUUACUUAACUUUGAUGAUUUGUUUUUUUUUUAUUAUUAUUCCUGCAUAAUCGCUGUCAUUUUACAUUUAGAAUACUACUAGGCCUACUAAUAGUUUGCAUGUAUUUGGUGCAGUCGCCACAUAGCACCAAUUCCAAAAAAGUUGUAGGACAUAGACAACACAUUAAAUGUUGAAAAU